CUCCAAAAAAACCUCCCACCCAACCCCCAGCUGACCCUGUGGUGAAAAAUAAAACAGAAACCUCAGUGACACUAGCAUGGUCCCCUCCAAAGACGGACCGCCCCAUUCCAAUCGAUGGCUACGUUGUGGAACGCAAGAAACUAACUGGCUUUACCUGGGUGAGGUGCCAUGAGUCUCAUGUCCCUGUCCCAGAGUUCACGGUGAGCAACCUGUCAGAAGAGUCUGACUAUCAAUUCAGAGUGUCUGCAAUCAACGCCUACGGACAGAGCCCCUACCUGGAGUUCCCAGGGAGCAUGCACCUUGAGCCAGUCCUGGCUGUGAAAACCCCCCUGACAACCGUUGAAGCUGUACCUGGAGGGGAUGCACUGUUUACUAUUGACCUUACAACGACAUGUUCUGGCACUUGGUACCUUAAUGGUAAAGUCUUACAGGAAAGUGAGACCUAUAUCAUUAAGAGAACUCAAACUACUCAUACCCUGAUCAUAAAGAACGUCACCAAGAACGAUGAUGGAGCAGAAGUAAAAUUUGUUGCCAAUAAUGUUGACACGAGCACCAAGAUGAGAGUGAAAGGUGCUGCAGUGAGAUUUACCAACAAGAGCAGAGAUAUAGAAAAGGUCUCUGUUCGGCUGCGGGAGGAAGCCAAACUUCAGGCUGAGCUUUCAGAUGCAGAGGCUACUGUGAAGUGGAUGAAGGAUGGAAAAGAGCUCAAGGCCAGUGAAAAAUAUGAACUUCAAACUGUGGGGAAGAGGCACAUCCUGAAAAUUCACAACACUGCAGCAGAGGAUGCUGGAGUUUAUGAGUGCAUUUGUGAAGGGGAUAAAAUGGUCUAUCAGCUUUCAGUGAAAGCACUUCCAAACUUCAUAAACAAAGAGAAAAGUGGAGGUGUUAUCAGGGCCACCGCUGGAAAACAGGCUGAAUUUGUUUCUGAGACCUCUGAGGCCAACGUCAUGGUCAAGUGGUACAAAAGUGGCAAAGAAAUCACAGCCAGCAAGAAAUUCACCAUGGAAGAUAAAGGAAAACUUCAUAAGCUUGUGGCUUCAGCUGUGACAAAAGAAGAUGAAGGAAUAUACACGUGCAAAAUUGGAGACGAUAGUCUUAUUUUUGAUUUAAAAGUCUCAGAUGAACCUGUUAAUUUUGUCAACAAGCCCAAAACAACUCCAGAAAUAUCAGUCAGUCCUUCUGAAGACCUUGAGCUGGUGUGUGAGGUGUCAGCUGUGAGUGGAGCUGUUGUAUGGAAGAAGGAUCAAACUGAGGUGAAGCAGAACCAGAGAACAACAAUCAUCUCCCAGGGGACACACCGCAAGCUCAUCAUCAAGAAGGUGACACAGCAAGACCAAGGGAGCUAUACCUGUGAAACGAAGGAUGACAGAACAACAUUCCAAGUCAAAGUCAGAG